GCUAUUGCUACUUACAAACCGCAAGAAAACUGCCCGGUCACCCUUCAAGCUUGGGACAAAUCAGACCACAUUCAGAAAUGGAGACGUUGCUAAAGAUCAGCAGGUAGACAUUAGGUUUUUUUUUCACCCCCACUGCUGCCAGUGUGAAGAUAAAUUCCAGACAUUUUCACCAACACCGACAGCAAGUUCACUGCAGCUGUCUCACCUCCUCUAAGCCUGUUUCUGUGCACACCUCACUGCCUCAAGUCUUCAGUAUGUAUCAGAUUGUCCCGGUGGCUCCUGGGGAGCAGCAGAUGGCUGGGGGAGCUGGAGCCUCUCCGCUAAAGAAGAAACUGGCUAACGAAGGCCGACCCCUGGUGAUGGCAGGAAUGUUAGGCUGUGUGUUGGUGCUAGCUGCUGUGGUUGCCUGGUGCUACUACUCAGCGUCUCUCCGUAAAGCUGAGCUGCUGAAGACAGAGUUGUUAGACCUUGACAAGGACGGUUUUAUCAUUCGUAACCAGGCGGGGGCUGUCAUCUUCACUAUGACCUUCAGGUCUGGCACUCUGGAUCUGGACUCAUGCUCAAAGGAUGGAAGUAUUCUGAGCUGCACUCAGUCAGAUUCUGGCAAGCUCAACUUCUUUAUCCAGACGGUUCGACCAAAGGACACAGUAAUGUGUUACCGUGUUCGCUGGGAGGAGCUGCAAAAUGAGCGCUUGGUGGAGCACGCCAUGGCGUACAAUGAUUCCCAUUGGUAUGGAGGGGCAGAAACAGCAACACAGUACUGGCCUAUUAGGAUCCAGGGAGAGGAAGAACCAUUGCCUUUCAUCACCAGUGACAUCUACUCCAAUCGGAAUGCUUUUGGGGGAAUUCUCGAACGCUAUUGGCUGUCGUCGAAUGCAACUGCGAUCAAGAUAAAUGACUCGGUACCAUUUCAUUUGGGCUGGUCAGAGAAGGACAGAACACUCAGGUUUCAGGCCCGGUACCAGGACUCUCCCUUCAGACCACCAGAUGGACAGCAGGCCUUACCUGAACUCAGCUAUAGAGUGUGUGUUGGGUCAGAUGUUACAUCUAUUCAUAAAUACAUGGUGCGUCGGUAUUUCCCAAAGCCUAUCAAGGUCCCGUCUACUGAAGUUUUCAAACAUCCAGUGUGGUCCACAUGGGCUCUCCACAAAACAUCUGUAACUCAGGAGAAGCUGCUGCGCUAUGCCUCUGACAUCACCAAACAUGGCUUCACAUGCUCCCAUCUGGAGCUGGACGACCGCUACACUGCCGACUAUGGAGAGUUUGACUUUGACCCGCAGAAGUUCCCCAAUGCCAGUGGGAUGUUUGACAAACUCAGAGAGGACAAGUUUCAGGUGUCGCUCUGGACACAUCCUUUUAUCAACUAUGACUCCAUCAAUUUUGGAGUUGCUGUGGAAAAGGGGCUGUUUGUUCGGGAGCCGAGCGGUGAGCUGCCUGCUCUGGUUCGCUGGUGGAACGGCAUCGGAGGAAUCUUGGAUUUUACAAACCCAGAAGCCCGUGAGUGGUACUCCUCGCAUCUGCGCAUGCUGACAGCCCGCUAUGAUGUGACCUCCUUUAAGUUUGAUGCAGGAGAGACAAGCUACCUCCCCCACCAGUUUAGCACCCUGGUCCCACUUUCUGACCCCUCCACCUUCACCCGCCGCUACACAGAGAUGGCCGUACCCUUCAGUGAGCGUGCUGAGCUGAGGGUGGGUUAUCAGAGUCAGAACAUCUCCUGCUUCUUCAGGAUCAUCGACAGAGAUUCAGUAUGGGGUUAUGAGCUCGGCCUCAAGUCCAUCAUCCCAACUGUUCUGACGAUUAGCAUUCUAGGCUACCAGUUUGUCUUACCUGAUAUGAUAGGAGGAAACGCAUACCCCAACCGCACCACAGGUGGCCUAGAUGGCAAAAAUGGUCUGCCAGACAGAGAGCUGUAUAUCCGAUGGUUGGAGCUGUCAGCGUUUAUGCCCGCCAUGCAGUUCUCUAUACCACCGUGGGCCUAUGACGAUGAGGUGGUACAGAUAGCACAGAAGUUCACAGGGCUUCAUGAGACACUGGUGGCCCCAAGGGUUCUCGAACUGGCAGGUGAGGUUCUUGAUACAGGAGACCCAAUCGUAAGGCCCCUUUGGUGGAUCGCCAAUGAUGACGAGGCGGCCUAUAAGAUCGACUCCCAGUUCCUGAUCGGGGAUGACCUGAUGGUGGCUCCAGUGUUAGAGCCAGGAAAGCAGGAGAGGGACAUCUACCUGCCUGCAGGACGAUGGAGAAGCUACAAGGGGGAACAUUUUGAUAAAGGCCCCAUUUACCUCACUGACUACCCCGUGGACCUAGAUGAGGUAGCUUUCUUUACUUGGGUUCAUUGAAGACUUUAAAGAGUUAAAGACGCAUAAACUCUCACACGAACACACACACAUACAGUAUGCACAUAUACAUUCUUGUGAGCACACAUGCCAAGAAAUAGAUGCAGAUAUUUGUUUUUCAAAGGGAAAUUACCACUAGGGAUCUGUUGCCCCAGCAGAAUGUGAUUUUGGUAAAGAUUAACGUAACGUUUACUCUGACCUGCUCUUUGUCUGGACUUCUGCCUGCAGAUUACAACCGUCCACCCAAAGAAUUAGAAAGAAACUUGUAUUCACCUCUGAUUCUCUUGGUCCAUCCUUAAUCUGAUCCUCAUCCUCAUGUGCCUUCCACAGCCAAUAGUAAAACCGAUCUCAGAUUGUAUCACCACCGCAGUCUUCCACCUAAUGGACAUAUAGAUAUAACAUUUUUGUUCAAAGUCUGAGUCCUAUAGCUAGACUGGUUUUGGUUUUAGGGUGAUAGUCGGUUUUAUUUCCUUCUGUGUGAACGGCAUUUCAGGGCAGAUGGAAUAACUGUGCGAUAAGGUAACUGAUGUGUUUCUUUGUUGUGGUUUGACAGGGUUGGAGACUGAACCGAUAAUAAAUAUGCACUCUGAGUUGGGGGCAUGUCUAACCUUAUGUCACCAUGACAACUGCUGUAUUGUGAUUUUACGUUCUCAACUGCCUGUUUAAGCUAACGUGCAUCAAUAAUUAAUGCUUUAAUUAAGCAACCGUGACAACAUAUGACUCAUUUGUUAGUCUCUUGAGCUUUAUAUUUAUUCGGUUUUAGUAACACUAUGGAUUUGCUUUCUUUUGAUUCAUGGGUGUUAUUCAAGUGUAUAUACAGUAAAUUAAUGUGAUUGGGUUUAAAUUAGGGGAUACUUGUCAUCAGACAUGUGAUCAACAGACUGACUGUGAAUAUUUUUAUGUCAGCAUUCCCUGACCUGUAGUGCCAUUCUGUCAUUUCAGUGCCAAAAUCUAGUGAUUUAUGUUUUUUCAGCUUUCAUCUAAAUUCACAGCUCAGGGCAGAUUUAAAAGAAAACAUGUUAUGUUGAAAUUAAUUUUGUUGAUCCACAGCAAGAAAUAGAUUUAUUAUAAAACUGCUGCUGGUUUGCCUUGUAAAGUAAGAAUAGUUCUCAAAGAUGCCGUAUUUUAAUGUGCUGUCCUUGUUUGCCUUGUGACUUUAAUUUGCCUUAUCAGCUGAACUAAGGCCAACUAAACUAAAGCCAGCCUUAGCACAGAGAACCUGUGGGGUAAUAAAACACCCACUUCUGCACACAGUGAUAUGCUUGAUACUCUGCACCUUUACGUUUUUAACUACUGACAUUGCAAAGUACUUGAGGAAAUUUAUUCUAAAAUGAGAUAUCUGCCAUCUGAAUAAUCUGUUUGUCUCUUACACAGUGAUUGCUGGCAUGAGAGUAAAGCACAACACUGGUUAAGUCAUCUAAAUGCCUUGCUUGAAAUUAAAGAAAAAAUAUAUAAAUAAUUGUUAUGGGAUUAGAGCAUCCUCCAUAUAAUUAUGAUGGUGUGGUAGUCUUUGUGCUGCUUUCUUGCAUUCUUGAUACCACCACAAGAUGGAGCCAAAGUCAGAAAUGUUGCAAAGCUUACACACAGCAACUAUGACGGCAACAUUUCUAUAAAAAAAUUAAAAAAAUUAUAACUUGGAGUACUAUCACACAUAUGUCUUUGUGGCAGGCAUGUAGAGAGAUUAGAUGACAAAACCACCACAUUUUCACAAUGCUUUUAUAUUUUAUAAUUUGUAUAUAGAUAACAAAGUGCAAAAUGUGAAAGGUGAGAUGUCUACCGAUAAACAUCAUUUAAAGGGAUUUAAAAGAGUAUUUUGUCAAAAAACUGAAUAUAUGUAUUGCAUUUUAUUUAUACAUACAUACAUUAUACAGUAUGUUUGAUGUUUUGUGAAAAACUUCCAAAGGGGUCAGAGAAAUGUGUAACCCUAAGCAAAACUCUGUAAUCCUUACAAUGAAUUGAAAACAUAAACAUCACCAAAGCUGAAGUCAGAUGUUUUCCCAUGACAAGAGCAAUACGCUCCAUUUCGCACUGAUUAUAUUAUAUGAAUGCAUCUGUGUUUAAGCUCCCGUGAACAAACUACACUAAUUUAGGAUCAUAUUUGUAAUUCUCACUAUAAUUUUGCAUUAUCUGUAGAUUGUCUUCACUUUAUUCACCUAUAAAAAAUGUUUGAUUGUCAGUGUGCCAUAUAUGCCACAUUGUCUGAUUUCCUUUUUUCCAACCUGUUAAAAAGAAAGUGUAGCCUAAUGCUCUCUUUUACAAAUACAGAAUAUUUUGGCUGGUCUGAGUACAUAAAGAAAUAAAGAAUAAAAAGAUUCAGUCAGAUUAAUCUCUGAUACAGAGCAAACCAAAUCUUUUCUGCAUUUUAUUUGUCUGAAGUUGUUAGAAUAUUGGUUGACCUUUCAAUGCUCAUCACUGCAGCACUUUGCAAUGAUGAGCAAGUCCAAACUUUUAAGGUCUGCUUCAAUAUUCCUCAGGAUCAACAGCUAACAUGCACUCUAUUGAUUUGCUCCUGAUUGUUCAUGUUUUAUGUCCUGUUUUUUCACUCAUCUUUCUAAUUAGGGUUUCAUAAAGUGAUUUUUGCUGUAAAUAGUGAUGCAGAACUGACAUUAUUAAACAAUUCAAUGUUUGAA